GAAGAUAUCGUUUGACAUGUUCCGCCCACCUGAACUAUUGUCGUGCAACGCUGUAUAUUAUUACACUUCACAGUGUGAAGCCAGAAGUUAAGAGACGGAUUGUCCGGUCAUUGGUUCUAAAGACGUAGUUUUCUCAGUCAUCACUGUCAAACAUGUCUUCAUCAACGACUUUCUCCGGCAGCAGAGAGCCAAACCAGCACCGGCGCGUCCAGUCCAAGCCGGGCUUCCUAGAAAGACUGAGUGAGACUGCAGGGGGCGCUGUUAUGGGCAUCAUCCUGUGCUUGGUGUCCUGCUACCUUCUGUUUACUAACGAGGGUCAGUCUCUCAAGACGGCGACCUCGCUCAGAGAAGGUCUGGCAGAGGUGGUCUCUUUGGACAAACCUCUCAGCGUUGAUGGGGUGAACAACAACCGUUUGGUUCACUUGUCUGCGCAGCUGCAGACCUCACAGCCUCUCCACGAUCCCAACUACAAUGUGGUGGUUCACGCAGUGAAGCUGAGGAGGCAGGUGGAGAUGUACCAGUGGGUGGAACAGCAGCAGAGCAAUGACGUCGUAGAAAACGGAGAGACCAAAACGGAGACGACCUACUCAUACAACACCGAGUGGAAAUCAGAGUUGGUCAACAGUCGCAAUUUCGAUAAGGAGAUUGGCCACGAGAACCCGAGCGCCAUGGCGGUGGAGAGUGCGACGGUGGUGGCUCCUGAAGUCAAGGUUGGCCCCUUCACUCUGUCCAAAGGUCUGGUGGAGCAGAUCGACGACUUCCACGCUCUGAGUCUGAAGGACUUGAGUGCGUUGAACCUGGACAGCUUUCUCACCAUCCACGAUGACUAUUUCUAUCACACUGAAAACCCACGCAGGCCCGAGGUCGGUGAUGUCCGGGUGAGCUUCUCCUUCGCUGGACUUAGCGGCGACACAUCCUACCUGGGUCCGGCUCAGACUGUCAGUGUAGUGGCCAAACAGAGAGGAGGUCAGCUGAUCCCCUACAAGACCAGAUCUGGAGACGCCCUGGAGAUCCUGUACGAGGAGGAUCUCUCUGCAGGGGAGGUGUUUGAGAGGGAGCUCCAGUACAACAGCAAGAAGACGUGGGGUCUCCGGCUGCUGGGAUGGUUCCUCAUGUUCCUUGGUAUCCAGCUGGCCAUGCGCAUCAUCUACACUCUAGUGGACUGGAUCCCUCUUCUCCGAGAGCUGGUCUCCGUGGGACUGACCAUCUUCUCUCUGUGCAUCUCCUCCUCUCUGUCUUUUCUCAUCAUUGGAUUUGGUUGGCUCUUCUACCGUCCCCUAGUGGCUGUUGCUCUGGGCGCUCUCGCCAUGGUUCCUGUGUUUCUGGCCCGUUGCAGACUUCCUGCCAAGAAGCAUCAGUGACUAGGAAAGGGGGUGGUUUUUGGGUGACCCUAACACCAAACCACCUGUGAUGGAGAGGGAGAGACUAUGAUGAAAGCGAAGUGGAAAACUAGAUGAAGUGAUGAACUUCAGUCAGCACUCACAACAUCCAUGUGCCUUAGGACUUAAAAUGUUUACAGAUAUUGAAUCUAACAGUGUAACUUUUUGUCAUGUUGACUUUCUAUGCAAGAAAAUUGAACCAAAGAGUUAAUGUUACUCAGCUAUUAAAUGCAAUCCAUAAUGUUGUUAUCAUACUAUAAAAAGGUUGUGUGGUUUUGUGUUAAAAAAAGAAGAAAAAAAAGAUCAGCACUGUUGUUUUUGCCACUCCUUCAAGCUCCAUGUGCCAAAAAGUAAAAAAUAAA